AUGUCUCCUUUCUCUAUCUUUCUCGUUCUUACGGCGCUCUAUAGCCCAACCAUUAGCCACAAAUUCACUCCUGAGGAACUUCUUCUAAAGUCUUUCCCAUAUAGGACAUCUCCCGAUGGGGACUUGGAUCCGUGCAAAACAGGAAACCAAUCAUCUACCUCUCCGAUUAACCAAUUUCGUUCAGGUGUUGCCGCCCUGCUCGGUAUGGAAGUUCACAGACAGGUGGAGGUCCUUCGAUUGGUGAACGAUGUGAACGAACGAGAAUAG